CUCGUGUACCCCAGUAGCUACAUCGUCGUCACUGCUGUCGCCCUCGUGGCACUGCAACUGCAGCAGAUUGCGGCGUCAUCACUGCAAUUCGACCCGUACACCACGUGUAAUUCCUACAACAUCGGCGACAAGAACUUCCCCGGCCGCGGCACCGAGAUCGAAGACGACGGCAAUUGUGUCGUCACUGUGCCCGAGAUCCCCGACUCGCUCAAGCACUCUGAAAUUUCGGCAGUACUUGUGGCGGACAAGAUGUUCCUGUGCAUCUGCACUAACUGA